AUGAAUACAAAUAGCGUGUGGCGUUCAAGGAUGUCUCUUACGCUAACCAAUGAAAUUCUGUUUCACUACAAGUCCUCGGUGAAGGUAGGUGAGCUAGAGAGAUAUGUCAUUACUUAUAAUCUAUAUGAAGGUGAAGCGAUCCCCUCAGAUUUGAAUUUAGACUCUUUAUGGCUAAAAGUAAGGAACAUGAACCCGCUGUCGUACAGAGCUGCGUAUCUCAUGGGUCCCUUCAUGCUGUAUUGCGAUGUUAAGACUGCCGAGUAUCACCAUUCUCAAAAAAUAAUAGCUUCAGUGGACUACCCCAAAUUUGAACCGAACGUACAGGCUCAACAAGAUUUCGUUGCUGAACUUUCAGUACAUAACAUAAGGCAGCAGUACAUAUGGAUUGCAGAUAUCAUGAGCCAAAUAUUGUUUACUACGAACACAAACAUUACAUACGAAGUCACAGUUGGCACAACCAGAGAGUCAGUAGAAAAUCCACACGAUCUGCCGUCUUAUUUGGGCUCCUAUAGCCCUAAGUUAACAGUAAACAGGCUUACAACCUUGGAUUUAUGGAACCUUCCUGUUCAAAUCACAACUCCGAAAAGAAAGAAGCAUCUCGUGCUUUUAACUCAUGGUUUGCACUCUAAUGUGUCUACGGAUCUAGUUUAUAUCAUGGAACAAGUAUACAAAUCCCAGAAAAACUAUCCUAAUGAGCAAAUAGUCGUAAAGGGUUACAGGGGGAACGUCUGUCAAACUGAGAAGGGAGUUAAGUACUUAGGUACUCGCCUAGCCGAAUACAUUAUCCAAGAACUGUACGAUGAAUCAGUCUGCAAGAUUUCCUUUAUAGGACAUUCAUUGGGCGGCCUGAUCCAAGCUUUUUCAAUUGCAUACAUCUACGAGGUUUACCCUUGGUUUUUCCAGAAAGUAAAACCAAUAAAUUUCAUAACUUUAGCCUCACCACUUUUAGGUAUUGUUACAGAUAAUCCUGCUUAUAUCAAAGUACUGCUAUCAUUUGGGGUUAUCGGUAAGACGGGUCAAGAUUUGGGUUUGGAAAAUGAAUCCGAGGGGGGGAGGCCACUGAUAUAUUUGUUGUCUGGUGAACCGUUAACAGGGAUCCUGCGUAGAUUUAAAAGAAGAACCGUAUAUGCAAACGCCAUCAAUGACGGAAUUGUACCACUGUAUACAGCAUCACUGUUAUUUUUAGACUAUGAUGAUAUUUUGGAACAACUACAGAAGAUUAAAGAGAAUAGCAAAAAACCCCCUCCGAUGAACAAUGUUACGGUAAACGAAAACCGAGAUUUCUUCAAUAAGAAUUUUAUUUCACCUUUGACUAAAAUGCUGAGUAUAUGGGCGCCACAAAAAUUUCCUACAGAAGAAGGUUCAAAGAUUCCUAAAGUUUCUUUUUUUGAAUCCGCAAGUUCAAUUCUAUUGCCGCCAUUACCUGAAAAAGCAUAUAUAAUGGAUCCAGACUCUAGAGAUCCUGUGAUUAUUCAUGACAAAAUAUAUACAGAGGAUGAUAUUCCGCAAUCUAAAUUCAAUAUCGAGGAUGGAUUCUUCGAUAAAAAGAAUAUUCUUCUCCAAGCUUUUUUUGCAAGAAAGAAAGAACGUGCAAAAUACCGGAAUCUAGAAGAAACUAUUGCUAGAAGAUGGCACACGGGGAUGUCAUGGAGAAAGGUUGUCGUCGCUUUGAAACCGGACGCUCAUAAUAAUAUCAUAGUUCGAAGAAAGUUUCCUAACGCGUACGGAUGGCCCGUAAUCGAUCAUUUAAUAGAUGUCCAUUUUAACGGUGAUGACGGAGACAGUGACGGUGACGGUGACGACAAUUGUUUUCCUCAAGAUAUUGAAGCCAUUCAAAAGGCAACAAAUGAGGGAGCAAAUAAAUAUGAGAAGGUGGAAAGCAUUCCCAAAGAAUAUGAAUGGUUGAAUAAAGUGGAAACAAACGGCGUCUUUGAUGAAGGUCCUACAGGGAUGAUAUCUACUGUGGGGGAAAUAGUAGAAGCGCUGGCUAAAAGAGGCUUCAGUGCUAUGACCGACAGAGGGAAUACUCCGGAGGAUCCCAAUGAUGAGAUUCUUCGUUUUGAAGAAAUGAAUAGUGACUUGGUUCAAUGA